CUCGGCCAGUCGUUUCUGGCAGCUGAUUGCAACAAGAUCGAAUCGCAUCGAAUCGAAUGAUGUGUCGGGCCCUGGACUUGAGCUUCGGCCUAUUGUCGCUGAGUUCCUUUAUUGCCUGCUUUGGUACCCUCUACAUGCUCAACAGGAUUGUGCACAUCCAUGCGGAUGCCUCCGUUCAUGUGUCUGUGCGUGUGUCGGACGACAGCUCCAUCUCCGAAAGCUGCAGCAGGACCAUAAUUGUGGACAACAUCCAAUUGCCGCAUCUCACCUGCCUGGAGCUCUUCUAUAUGCGCUGGACGGUGGUGCUGACCCUGGUCUAUUCGUUUCUUGUCAUGAUUAUGAUGAGGGCCAAGUACAUGAGCCACUUUCAGAUCAAUCAGGUCACAUCCAAUGGGAUGAUGCUUGUGGGCACUGUCCUGGCUGUGGUUCUGCUCAUUUCCACCACGAUACUCCACGAGCGGACGCCCUUUGUGGAGGUGUGGUGCAACAAUUUCAUCAUCUACUAUCUAUACUACAUUGACCUCAACACCAUCGUGGCCGUCGCCUACUUCAUUUACACAUCCUGCUACCUAUUAGUGGGCUCAGACGGCGACCAAGAGCCGGUAUAUAUUAUGUGAUCAGCAGUCUAUGUAUGGUCUAUGCGUCACAGUAGCUGUUGCCUCCUGGCUUAACAUCCUGCCGUUCGGCUAUCAAUUUCCCUGUUAGGCCUCGCAGAAUUCGAUUGAUUUUCAUGUUUUAAACAUAUAUAUAAUGAAGAAAAACGCACUUAUUUAUGUAUUUGAGUUUUAUUCAAACAAAUUGCUUUCAUUUGGUUUGCUUUUGUGUUGGUUUGCUGUCGGGGACUGCAGUUCGGACUUCGGAGACGCUAAAAUAUACGUGGAACUAAACAUACAUAUGUAUAUCAGAUGAGUUCUCUGCCUUUUUUUUUGUGUGGCAUAUGUAUAUGGUAGAUAUAUAUAUAUAGUAUGUGUACAUUGGCAAUUGCUUGAUAUAGUAGAUGCAGAUGCAAACCAUUACAAACUCUCGAAAAUCCAACAAAGAACACACCUAUACCCAUACGAUUAGUAUGCAACCGGAGAGGAGACCUCUGCCGAAAUCGAAAUCGAACUUUUAGUUUUUUUGUUUCUUUUCUUAUACAAACUACUGCCAUGGGGGUAGUAGUACUAUCAUCUAAACUUACGACUAAUACCAAUUGAUUUAUCUUUCAAUUUGGUGAUUUUGGGGUUGUUGUGUGGUGUAUUACAAUCCGCCUUUCUUAACUAUUAAUGGAAGGGAAAUCCCCCUGGGGUUAGCACGUUUUGGUAAGGUUGUUUUCACAUCAUUAUUUUGCUUUUCGUUCUGUAUAGAUCGCGUCGGUAUAGAGAGCCUCUAAGGCUCUGGAUCUGGAUCUGAAUCCUUGGGGAUCGAUGGAUCGCUGGAUCGCUGGAUCUAUGGAUCUCUCUCUCUCUGUUUCUCUGUCUCUUUUUCUGGUCCAGUGCGCUUAGGUGCUAGUAAAUAAAUGUUUCUUGGUUUUUGUUUAAUAUUUUUCAUAUUUUUUUUGUAUCAUUUUUUUUUAAAGUUUAUUUAUCAAUUUUUCUGUUUUAAUGCCUAAACAUCUUUCCUUUAUUCAUCUCACAUCUCUCUCGUUCUUCUUUCUUUAUUCUCUCUCUCUCUUUCGAUCUCGAUCGUCUUUACACAUUAUUUAUUAUAUAUAAAUUGAUAUAUAAUAAUUGUGUAUAUAAUUAAUUGUUGGUAUAAUGCAGUCUUUACGGCAAAACAAAAACAGAAUUAUGCUAUUUUGUUGAUUUCUUUCCAUCCACACACCAUCCAUCUUACAUUGUUUCAUUGUUCUCUCGUCUGUUUAAAUACGUAAUAAUAAUAAAAAAUAUAUAUAUACUCAUACUCAUACUCAUACUCGUACUUGUAUUGUGGUGUAUACUAUAUAACUAUAUUUACUUUUUUGUUGUUUCUUUCAAAAGUGUUCUAUAUAUGAAACCAAAUACACAUUAGUUAGGCGUGUUCCUCCUUCCUGCUCCUUUA